UGUAAAUUUCAGAGGAUUCAUGCGUGAGCUAAUUGUACAAUAGUUUUGCUGUUAGCAACGAAACAUUUUAUUCAUUAUCGGUGACUGAUAGUAUCAUUUUGGUUAAAGUGUAAUGGGUAAAAAAGAUUCCAAAAAAUACAAGAGAAAAUAUGAGGCUUCUGAAAUCAAGGCAGAUGAUUUUGGAGAUGAUGAUACAGAAACAGAUAUAAUUCCAGCUGUGGCUAGCCAGCAGUUGGCUGAUGAAAGUGUGGAGGAUGAAUUUGGAGCAAAAGAUUAUCGUUCUCAGAUGAUUUUGCGCACUGACCAUGGAUCCCGUCCACUAUGGGUGGCUCCAGAUGGACACAUUUUCCUUGAGUCAUUCUCACCUGUAUACAAGCAUGCUCAUGAUUUUUUGAUAGCAAUAGCUGAGCCAGUUUGCAGACCAGAACAUAUCCACGAAUACAAGCUUACAGCCUACUCUCUUUAUGCUGCAGUGUCUGUGGGUUUGCAAACUAGUGACAUCAUUGAAUAUUUAAAGAGGCUGAGUAAGACAUCCAUUCCAGAGGGAAUUGUUGAAUUUAUCAAGUUGUGUACUGUAAGUUAUGGGAAGAUAAAACUUGUGUUGAAACACAAUCGUUACUACGUGGAGAGUCCCUUUCCAGAUGUCCUUCAGAAGCUGUUAAAAGAUCCAGUGAUUCAGCAAUGUCGACUUAGACGUGAUCUAGACGAUGAAGGACUCUCAGUUACUCAAGAAAAACGGUCAGAAGUACCUCAGUUUAGUAAAAACACUCCUGCUUCAGCAUCAACCAGUCUGGAAACUCAAGAGAAGCUUCCUAAUGAUGAAAAGGCUACUGUGCCUGAUGACAUUUACAACUAUUAUGAAAAGAUGGAACAGGAUGAAGAUGAAGUGGAGGAGCUGAAACUUGUUUCUUUUGAAGUGGAUCAGGAAAAGAUAGAAAAUUUACAGAAAAGGUGCAUAGAACUUGAAUACCCAUUGUUAGCAGAAUAUGACUUUAGAAAUGAUACUGUUAAUCCCAAUAUCAACAUUGAUUUAAAACCAUCUGCCGUUCUUCGUCCCUACCAGGAGAAAAGUUUACGUAAGAUGUUUGGUAAUGGUCGAGCUCGAGCGGGUGUGAUAGUAUUGCCAUGUGGAGCAGGGAAGUCAUUAGUAGGUGUUACUGCUUGUUGUACUGUAAGAAAACGAUGUCUUGUGUUGUGUAAUUCUGGGGUUUCAGUGGAACAGUGGAAAGCACAGUUUAAGAUGUGGUCCACAGCUGAUGACAGCAUUAUUUGUCGUUUUACAUCUGAUGCCAAAGACAAACCUAUGGGGUGUGGAAUAUGUAUAACAACCUACUCUAUGAUCACACACACUCAGAAACGAUCAUGGGAGGCAGAGCAAGUUAUGUCUUGGCUGAAGGAACAGGAAUGGGGAUUAAUGCUUUUAGAUGAAGUGCACACAAUUCCAGCCAAAAUGUUUCGAAGAGUAUUGACCAUCGUUCAAGCACACUGUAAACUUGGCUUAACAGCUACUUUGGUUCGAGAAGAUGACAAAAUACAAGAUCUUAAUUUCCUGAUUGGACCAAAAUUGUAUGAAGCUAAUUGGCUGGAACUACAGAAGGCUGGGUACAUUGCUCGUGUGCAGUGUGCUGAGGUUUGGUGUCCUAUGACACCAGAAUUCUACCGAGAAUAUCUUACUUCUAGAGCCAGCAAGAAACUAUUGCUUUUUGUGAUGAAUCCCAACAAAGUUCGCUCUUGCCAGUUUCUCAUUCGUUACCAUGAAGGAAGAAAUGAUAAAAUUAUUGUUUUCUCUGAUAAUGUUUUUGCACUGAAGCAUUAUGCCAUCAAAUUAAAUAGACCAUACAUUUAUGGACCCACUUCUCAAGGAGAAAGAAUGCAAAUCCUGCAGAAUUUCAAAUACAAUCCUCAAGUGAACACGAUUUUUGUCUCCAAGGUGGCUGAUACGUCUUUUGACUUGCCCGAAGCAAGUGUUUUAAUUCAGAUCUCAAGUCAUGGUGGCUCUAGAAGGCAGGAAGCUCAGCGGCUUGGAAGAAUUUUGCGAGCAAAGAAAGGUGCAAUCGCAGAAGAAUACAAUGCCUUUUUCUACACAUUAGUGUCUCAGGAUACAAUGGAAAUGAACUAUGCUCGUAAGAGACAGCGUUUUCUGGUGAACCAAGGUUACUGCUAUAAAGUGAUUACUAAACUAGCAGGAAUGGAUGAGGAGAAUUUAAUGUACAAGACAAAAGAAGAACAGACUCAACUUUUGCAACAGGUUCUGGCAGCUACAGAUGCAGAUGCUGAAGAAGAACAUGUGCCUGGAGAACUAACUUAUGGAAAAUCUGGAGCUCAGUCAACUCGUCGUGUAGGCAGCAUGAGCUCUUUGUCAGGAGCUGAUGAUGCUGUGUAUGUGGAGUACAGAGGAGAUAGGAAAGGACUGUUAGCUCGUCAUCCAUUAUUUAAGAGAUUCCGCAGGUGAUUGUUAUUGUGUUGUUAAUUGUACAGUUGAUCUAUUCUGUAUGUAAAUAAAUCUGCUGAAACAUUGCAAUUUUGAUCUUUGUAAUAAUAGUAUAUCUUUUUCAUUAUUAAAUAAAUAAAUAUAAAUUGUGAA